AACACAGAAAGGAAGGAGAUGGAGGUCCCUGUAAUAGACUUCAGCCAGCUUGAUGGAGAGAACAGGAGCAAGACUAUGGCACUACUUCACGACGCUUGCGAGAAAUUUGGCUUCUUUAAGAUUGAGAACCAUGGAGUAGACAAAGAGUUGACAGAGAAGGUGAAGCAUUUUGUCAAUUCACACUAUGAGCAAAAUUUGAAGGAAACUUUCUAUGAUUCAGAAGUAGCUAAAAGAUUGGAAAAUGGACAUACUACAGACAUAGACUGGGAGAGCAGCUUCUUCAUCUCACAUCGUCCAAAAUCCAACAUCAAUGUAUUUCCAAACCUUUCUGAAGAUCUUUGCAAGGCAAUGGAUGACUACAUAGAUCAACUAAUCGUGCUAGCCGAGAAGCUCUCAGAGUUCAUGUGUGAGAAUCUUGGCUUGGAUAAAGAUCACAUAAAGAAAGUUUUUUCCGGAGAAAAAGGUCCUUCUGUGGGGACAAAGGUGGCGAAAUACCCACAAUGCCCCCAUCCUGAACGUGUAAGGGGACUCAGAGAGCACACUGAUGCCGGUGGGAUCAUACUCUUGCUCCAAGAUGACCAAGUCCCAGGACUUGAAUUCUUCAAAGAAGGAAACUGGAUACAGAUUCCACCAUCUAAGAACAAUGCCAUCUUUGUGAAUACAGGUGAUCAACUAGAGGUUUUGAGUAAUGGAAGGUACAAAAGUGCAUUGCACAGGGUCAUGACCGAGAAAAAUGGAAGCAGACUCUCCAUUGCAACCUUCUAUAAUCCUGCUACUGAUGCCAUCAUAUCUCCAGCUCCAAAACUACUAUACCCCAAUCAUUUUAGUUUUGGAGAUUAUCUAAAACUUUACUCCACGACAAAGUUUCUAGACAAGGAGCCCCGAUUUGAGUCAUUAAAGAAAAUGACCAAUGGCCCUUGUGGUCUGCUUGUCUAAAAUGUAUUUCCUACCAGUUUGGGUUUGCUUGUCAAUUCUCAAACCACGUGUGAUGUAAUUCCACGAAGACUAGCAUAUAAAAUUAUCCUUUGUCGACU